CAAUCUCGAUAUGCUGCUUGUUGCGGCCGCAUCAUCGCUGCUCUCUUCCUCGCUUGUGCCGGGCGGCCGGCCGGUAGGCAGCACUGUCGUCGCGCGCUCCGCCCCGCCGAUCGCCCAGUUCGGCACCGGCAAUUUCGACCGGGCGCAGGCGCGCCGCGUGGAGGCGGCGAAGGUCAGCGAUCCGACUGCGAAACCCGACUUUGGAGGCCUCGCGGUUUUGACGGCGAGCGCGGUCGUCAUCCCGCUUGUGUUCCUGUCUGGCAUCUACUCUGGUGGACCUGGCAAGAAGACUCCCUUCACCUUCACCGACAGCAUCAGCCCGGCGGCCGUCGCGGAGCGCGAAGUCGUCGCAAAGAAGCGGGCCGCCUUUGAGGCGGAGCGAGCGGCGCAGCUGAAGAAGGAGGCGGAGAAGCGGGCGGCCGCGGAGAAGGCACAGGUGAAGGAGCUCGAGAAGGAGGCGAAGGUCGAGGCGACCGUCAAGGCGAAGGAGUCGAGGGGCGCUCCGGUGGCCGUCCCGGCGCCGGCGGAGAAGAAGAAGGCGGCGGCGCCGGCGCCGCCUCCGGCCGCCAAGGAGGACGUCAAGGCCAAGGAGGCGGCGAAGAAGGCCGAGGCCGAGGCGAAGGCCAAGGCUGAGAAGGAGAAGGAGGUCGCGGCGAAGGCCAAGGCGGAGAAGGAGGCGGCGGAGGCCAAGGCGGCGGCGGAGGCCAAGGCGGCGGCCGAGAAGGCGGCGGCGGAGAAGGCGGCGGCGGAGAAGGCGGCGGCGGAGAAGGCGGCGGCGGAGAAGGCGGCGGCGGAGAAGGUUGCGGCGGAGAAGAAGGCUGCGUCGGAUGCGCUCGAGAGGAAGGCGGCCGAGGCGCGCGCCCGCGCGGCGGAGCUGGAGAAGUCGGCCCCGAAGAAGGUGUCCAAGAAGGCCAAGGCGGCGGAGCAGAGCGCCGCAAAGGCGCAGGCGGAGGCGGACGCAAAGGCGGCCAAGGCCCAGGCGGCGGCGGAUGCCAAGGCUGCGCGCGAGGCUGCUGCGAAGGAGCGCGCCGCCGCCAACGAGGCAGGCGGCCGCAAAGGAGCGCGCGGCUGCCAACGAGGCAGCUGCCAAGGAGCGCGCGGCUGCCAAGGAGAAGGCGGCGGAGGCGAGGGCGGCAGCGGAGAAGGAGAAAGCGGCCGCCGCCGCGCAGAAGGCGGCCGAGAAGCCCGCGCCAGCGCCCAAGGCCGAGAAGCCCGCGCCGGCGCCGAAGGCGGAGAAGCCCGCGCCGGCGCCCAAGGCGGAGAAGCCCGCGCCCGCGCCGGCUGCCGAGGCGCCCAAGCCUGCGGCUGCGCCGGUCGUGGCGCCGGCCGACGGCAUGCUGUCCACAAACGAGGCCAACAACAUCCUCGCGAACUACAAGGCCUCCAAGGCCAAGUGAGUGCACUGACAACUCCUCCGGCGACCAGACGCCACCCCACAGCCAGUACUGGCGCAUGCGGCGCAAGCAGCCCCCCGCGUACUCCUCCGCACACGCGCGUCUCUACGCCUCUCGGCACCCGCCAGGGGUCCGGCCGACUCGCUGGCGGGCGCGAGACGGUGUUUGGACGUGCUUGCAAGGAAGGACCUCAGCUGCGAUGCUCCCUCGGCCCCAUCUCACAUGGUCUGAUGUGGCAAACAGAAUCUCUUUCGUGAUUGAGUGAAACAAAAAUAACAUUC